GUUUUUUCCCCCGACAAAUGUCAUGGAAACACUUUGUCGGAUUGUACGCGAUUUCGAGUGCGGAUUCUAAAGCACUGUAUGUAAUCUUCUGUAAACUUUACUCUUUCCAUAAAGUUCAGCGGUAGUGAAAAAAUCUUUGAAUUUCGAUUCAACUAGCUUUAACUUUCGUCAAUCCCCAUCAAUUGAGUGAAGAAUUUGCUUUGCAGUAAAAUGCAGCAAAAUGAGAUUUUCUUUACUUUCCCUGGAGGAAGUAAAAACAUUUACGACUUUAUUUCUAGCGCCUUUGUUGUAAUCUAACGAAGACCAGCCUAGAUCAGAACACUACUACUGAGAACUGACUUCUGCACUGGAGGUUAACGGCUUGUCUGGCUAGUGUGACACCGAUAUGUGAUUGAAAUGCUUUUUCAAAAUGAUCACAGUGAGGACAGACAUACCCCAAGAUUAUAUAUCAUGUGACGUGGCGAACACUGAUUGGAUAUUUGUAUUUUAUACAAGAGCGGUAAAUUCUAACUGACAAGAUAAAAGCCAAGUAUAGAAGCACUGAACGUUACCACUGCCCUACACUUCUACGAAAGCCUUGUUUAUUAAUCGUUUGAAAAUGUCUAACCCAUGGAUGCUCGCUCUUGUCAUUCUUGCGUUCAUGUUAAUUCAAACGUGUUCGAAACCUUUGGAAUCAACUGACGACCAACUGAGCGAGAUGGAGAAAGAUCUCGCAAGCCUAAGCCUUCUGAGUGACAAUCAGAAACAAGAUGCAGAAGAAGAGGAUACAAUACCAGAAUCAUUGUUAAAAGAUUUGAAGCCAAGUGACGAAACUGGUGACAAGACUAGUUCGCUUGAUAAAUUUGCUCUCCAGGGCUUUGCUCCAGGAACAGCCACAUAUGAGGAAUCAAAGAAGACCACGGACACAAAAGGUGUUUUGCUAAGUGAAGACGAGAUCAAUGAGAAGCAAAAGAGGUUGUUUGAGAUCUUAACUCGAGAUUUGUCACGUGGUACAAAUUUGUCACGUGGUAUAGAUCUGUCACGUGGUAUAGAUUUGUCACGUGGUACAUAUUUGUCACGUGGUACAGAUUUAUUGGGCUCUGCUCACCACUCAACUGAUUUCCUGGCGUUUUCUGGCCAGGAAAUCUCGUCUGAAGGUGUCUAA